UGGCAGGAGCGAGUCCCCCGGGUGCUCGCCUCCCCCGCACCUUUUGAACUUGUUGCUGCUGCUCGGCUCGCCUGCGCCUGGCUUUUGGAAGGUGAAAAGGAGGAGGGAGGCACGGAGGGAUGGGGGAAGGGGAAGAAGAGCUCGCUUGAGCUUUAUUUAUGCUCCCUCGGCGCAUCGGAUUCGGCUGCUCGCGAGCUGCUGUCUCGGCUUUUCCCUUUCCGGGUGCACGGCGAGGAGAAAGUCUCUAUGCAACUCAGCCCUGGCGCGCACUCUGCCAGGUAUGUACCGCGGGCGAGGCGCGUUCUGCGCGGAAGCAGAUGCCGCGGCGGCGGCGGCGGCUGCCAGCUCCUGGGCUCUGUAACUGUCACACUGUACUCGAGCUGAACUUGAAAAGAGAGUGACGGGGCGAUUGGGCGAACGCUUUUGGCAGACACAGGGGUUGCUGGUAGACGUGGGGGAGGAGGGUCUGUAUUAACGCCCCCCACCCCCGCCCCCAGCCGUUCCCGUCGCUCAGCACCUCAGUCUCCGCAAAUACGGCGGGAGGAGUGGAGGCGGCGACCGGACUCCCCAAGAGACGCGGGGCAGCGGCUGUGACCGCAUUUCGGAAGCUACUACAACAGGUCGCCUUUUUGAGACUCCUUUGGCGGGAAGGGCCACUUGGAAAGGGAAGGUUUGAAAGAGCUAAAAGGGAAGGUGGAAGGAUUCCCUAAUUCAUCAAAAGAAUACCACUGAGUGACUGUCCUUCCUCUCCUCUACCCUACACGUCACCUACUGACCCCACAGUAUCCAGACUAUGUCAGGGGAGAACUCAAAGACACCUGUUUGAAGAAGCUGCAGCAUCUAAAGUCACCUGUAUACUUAUUUGUGCCAGGGGUGGCCUGGUCCCACUGCUGGAGGAGGUUUGGUUCGGUUCUGUUGGGUGUGAUUGUUAGGACAUUGUAUUUUUUUCCCUUCAUACUCCAAAUACCUGCCUGGGAGGGAAACUUGCCCUUUUGAGAACUGUGACUUAACCAGGAGUCCUACCUUGGAAUAAGGGCGAUACCUCUGGACCACGUUUCCCAGUUGUCUUUUGUGGACGGAGCGAAGUGGGUGAUUGUGGCUAUUCUGACUGACCCACUGUAGAGUCACUGACUUGCCCUUCUCGCCCUCACUUCAAGGAACCAUGGCGGCGGGUGUAGCAGCAUGGCUGCCCUUUGCAAGGGCAGCAGCCAUUGGGUGGAUGCCUGUGGCCUCGGGGCCCAUGCCAGCCCCCCCGAGGCAGGAGAGAAAAAGGACUCAAGAUGCCCUUAUUGUGCUGAAUGUGAGUGGCACCCGUUUCCAGACGUGGCAGGACACCUUGGAACGUUACCCAGACACUCUGCUGGGCAGUUCUGAGAGGGACUUUUUCUACCAUCCAGAGACUCAGCAGUAUUUCUUUGACCGUGACCCGGACAUCUUCCGCCACAUCCUGAAUUUCUACCGCACUGGGAAGCUCCACUAUCCUCGCCAUGAGUGCAUCUCCGCUUAUGAUGAAGAAUUGGCCUUCUUUGGCCUCAUCCCAGAAAUUAUUGGUGACUGCUGUUAUGAGGAGUACAAGGAUCGCCGGCGAGAGAACGCGGAGCGUCUUCAGGACGAUGCCGACACCGACAACACCGGUGAGAGCGCGCUGCCCACCAUGACCGCUCGGCAGCGGGUCUGGCGGGCCUUUGAGAACCCCCACACCAGCACCAUGGCCCUUGUGUUCUACUAUGUUACGGGGUUCUUCAUUGCCGUCUCAGUCAUCGCUAAUGUGGUGGAAACAGUGCCAUGUGGGUCUAGCCCGGGUCACAUUAAAGAACUGCCCUGUGGCGAGCGGUACGCCGUGGCCUUCUUUUGCUUGGACACAGCCUGCGUCAUGAUCUUCACAGUUGAGUAUUUGCUCCGCCUGGCGGCGGCACCCAGUCGCUACCGUUUUGUGCGUAGUGUCAUGAGUAUCAUCGACGUGGUGGCCAUCCUGCCUUAUUACAUUGGGCUGGUGAUGACAGACAAUGAGGAUGUCAGCGGAGCCUUUGUCACGCUCCGAGUCUUCCGGGUCUUCCGGAUCUUUAAGUUUUCCCGCCACUCGCAAGGCCUGCGCAUCCUGGGCUACACGCUGAAGAGCUGUGCCUCGGAAUUGGGCUUCUUGCUCUUCUCGCUCACCAUGGCUAUCAUCAUUUUCGCUACAGUUAUGUUCUACGCAGAGAAGGGGUCUUCGGCCAGCAAGUUCACCAGCAUCCCUGCUGCCUUCUGGUACACCAUCGUCACCAUGACAACACUAGGGUAUGGUGACAUGGUACCAAAAACCAUAGCAGGGAAGAUUUUUGGUUCCAUCUGCUCGCUGAGUGGGGUCUUGGUCAUUGCUCUGCCUGUCCCAGUGAUUGUUUCCAACUUCAGUCGGAUCUACCACCAAAAUCAACGAGCAGACAAACGGAGAGCACAAAAGAAAGCCAGACUGGCCAGGAUCCGGGCAGCCAAAACUGGAAGUGCCAACGCUUACAUGCAGAGCAAACGGAACGGCUUACUCAGUAACCAACUUCAGUCCUCCGAGGACGAGCAAGCCUUUGUUAGCAAAUCCGGCUCCAGCUUUGAAACCCAGCACCACCACCUGCUUCACUGCCUGGAGAAAACCACGAAUCACGAGUUUGUGGAUGAGCAGGUCUUUGAAGAAAGCUGCAUGGAAGUCGCAACAGUGAAUCGUCCCUCGAGUCACAGUCCCUCUCUCUCUUCACAACAAGGAGUCACCAGCACUUGCUGUUCAAGACGACACAAAAAAACUUUCCGCAUCCCUAAUGCCAACGUAUCAGGAAGCCACCGAGGCAGCGUGCAAGAGCUCAGUACGAUUCAGAUUAGAUGCGUGGAGAGAACCCCGCUGUCGAACAGCCGAUCCAGUUUAAACGCCAAAAUGGAAGAGUGCGUUAAACUAAACUGUGAGCAACCUUACGUGACUACAGCAAUAAUUAGCAUCCCAACACCUCCAGUCACCACCCCCGAGGGAGACGACAGGCCAGAGUCCCCUGAGUACUCAGGGGGGAGUGUUGUCAGAGUGUCUGCUUUGUAAGACAAUUGGAAUCAAGUCUAAGAGAAUUUGAGCGCUGGCUGGGGAAAGAACCCCCACGUGGAAGGAAGAAGACACAAUACACUUUGUGCAGACAAAAACGACAAAGCAAGAAGGUUGGUAGGGAAACAAAAACAAGGCUUCCAAACUUGAGGAUGGAAGUAAAACCACCAAAUGGCAUUUCUAGACAGAGUCUGAUCUGUUGUUAUGCAGAGGAAUGGUCUGUGGCCCUUCGACUUUGUGAAUGAGCACAAUGAAAUGCCGCCUACUGAUGCUUCUUAUGACCAGAACUCUUUUUUAAUAAAAUAAACCUUUGAACAUAAUGUUCCAGUGGAAUGCAAAACAAAACAAAACAAAAAAAUAUGGAAAACAUUUUGAUAAAAAUUUUUCCUGUUAAACCCAUGAACAUUGGCUCUGAUGAAGAUGAUUACGUAUUAAAGAAGAAACUCCUAUGACAUAUUUGUAUUGACUGAAGGAAGCCAUCCUAAUGCAUGCUAGAAUUCUUUGGGACAGUGCUCUCAGUUUCCUUAUGUUGUCUUCAGAAUAGGCAUGAUAAACUAUAACUGUAGAAAGAGGGAAUUUCUGUGCACUUACAACAAACUGAUCAUUCAUGUUCCAUGGUGGGCUGUGCAAAUAAACUCCUUUUAGAACUGCAGUGUUGCUCAUGGGGAUGCUCACUAGUAACUCUCAAGUGUUCAGAUAAUUCCGUAUUAACUAUUAUUUUACCUUGCACCUAGAUACUGUUACAACUGCAAUAAUUCAUUGUACACACCUGUUGUACCAGGAAUCAGGAUUUUUUUGUUGUUGUAUUUAUUUCCAGAUCUUCAUAGAUAACAGUCAGAGCCGCAUUCCAUAGAAAAACUUCUGGUGUGGCCAGGUUUUAGAUAACUUUUUAAUCCGAAACCCUUGUGCCAUAAAUGUUUUCCUGUAAUAUUCUUUGGUCCACUGUAGCCCUGUGACAGUGCAUUAUCUGUUCCUGUAUUUCUAUAGCGCCUUCUUUUGGAUUUAUCAUCAUCAACUGGACGAACAUUUUCUAGUUCAAAUGACUUUCCUACUUUUGUAUUCCCCAACGAAUUAUCUUGUAAGUAGAUUAUCAUCAUCAAUCCCCUUGUCAAAAAUUAGAAAAGAAGGAAUUGACAUCUGUGAAUUAUCUCUCGCCUUUUUGCUGUUAUGGAAAAGCCCAGAUACUGGAUAUAUCACUGUAAGUUUCAUGAAAAGAACUGGCUGGGACUAAUAUCACAGGACCAGUGAUCCCCGAAUCUCCCUUGAUGUACUAUUUAUUUUGCUUUAGAUCUUGAAUACACUAUGAGAAUAACUAAUGUGAAUUGAAAUGCAGAGACAGACUGGAGCGCUUUAUGUAGCGGUAUUUGAUGAAAGCACGCUUUUCUGUGCCACUGGGGAAGGCAGCACAAAUUUAUCUCAGAAAGGUUCCUGUAUCUUGCAAGGAGCAAUUUCCUCCUCUAAAUCAGGAGGACGGGAGUUUGAUGAUGCAGAAUUGGUCUCUAUGUACAUUUAAGUGAAAAGGCUUGAUAUCUUUUCACCUUUAAAAUAUUAUCAGCAGACAUGUCUGCACGUAGACAGUGUAAAAAAGUUUUAUGUCAAAUGAAAAGUUUUGUUCAUUCCAAACCACCACUGUAAGGAGUAAAGUUUAGCUUCACUACAUGGAAAGAGUUAGUAAUUAUCCCUCUACUAUAGAGAUUUGAAAAUGCUUAUCGUAAAAUUAUCAUACAAGGAAUUAAUCCAACCAUUUUCAAGUAAAGCCAGAAAUUCUGGCUUCCCAUUUCUAGCAUAGCUUCUAGAACAAGGCUGUGCACACAGUAGAUUUACAAACACGUGCUGAGUGGAAGUCAGAUAAACUCUACUAUCUCUCGGGGAGAACUGGCUUUAUCCCUAGGGUGUCUUUUUAAAAGUUACUAAUCUUCCUGAAGUGUGAAUGUUAACAAUUAUAUUAACACCUGCCUCAUGUCACUUUAUGCUUCUAGAGCAAAUAUAUAGUGAAACUUCUUCGAUGGCACUUGUUGAAAAACGUUUUAAAAAAUAGAAUAAAGGAAACACAAUCAGGAACACUUAGGUCUCUUGAUUCCCAAUGAAAAAUUCUAUUUUCAUGUUCUUAAUACUACAUUUUAAAAAACACAGUUAGAUCCUUUCAGUUGACAGUUCUUUUCAACUUAUCAUUUAUCCAAAACUAUUCAUUUCUUUGGCUUUUGGAAAAGAAAAAAAAAAACUUUUUGGUGUUUUAGGUGAUUUAAAAAUACACUGUGUUGGUGGUGAAUGACUAUUGAUGCCUGUGUUAAGUGCAUCUGUAUUGUAAGUGAAAUGUGAUUAUUUCUGUGUACCAUAUGGAGUAACCAAGGUCAUGUGUUUUUGACAAUUUUGUUUGAAAUUCAUAUAUCUUAUUUCAGAGGAUAGCAUAAUAUCUGCAUUAUGCUGGAAAAAAAAAUAGACCUUUGGAGAAUACUUAAAUAAAACAUGUGCAUGCUUGAACAGGACAA